GAUGGAAGCCGUUACGAUUCUUUUCGCGUAAAAUUUCGACCGCCUUACCUGUAUAAAUAACAAGUCGGUAGUCGUACCGUCUCAAACGAAAGGGGAGGUACCCGUUUCAUAUGCCAGACUGAUCUAUACCUUUCUUAAAAACUAAAAUUACUGUUUUUCUUAUUUAUCAAUCAGAUCUACCUGCAAAAACUAAAUCCUCAAUCAAAUUCAAUCUUCCUUGGCACGUUAUUCAGUAUAUCAAUUUUGUUUGCCCUAAUUUCAUUGAAGAAAAUAUUAGAUAUUUUCAAAACCCUCCUUUUUUUCUUGAAAAAUUACAAGUAUUCUUUUAUUUGUACAAAUUGAUUGCGGUAGCUUUGGAAGAUGUGGAGUUCGAUUGCGAAUUUGAAAGAGAAUUUGAAUAAGAUCGCGCUCGAUGUGCAUGACGGUGACGACGAAGAACUCGAGAUCUAUGGCUCGGGAAACGGAGACGAUUCGACAUUCUUUGAGAGACGGAAUUCUCAUAGCUUUGCCCAUUCAAAGCCCGUUUCCCUCUCUCCGGUCGCCAAUGGAAUUGAUUCGCCGGUUAAUUCUGAGAUUGAAAGAUACAGAGAAGAAAUUAAGAAGCUUCAGGAUUCUGAGGCAGAAAUUAAGGCUUUAUCAGUCAAUUAUGCGGCUUUGUUAAAAGAAAAAGAGGAGCUAAUUUCCAGACUGAACCAAGAGAAUGGCUCAUUGAAACAAAAUUUGAAUGUGACAAAUGCAGCUCUGAGCGCAGCUAGAAGCGAAAGUUCCAAAUUAUCAAGGAAUGGAAUUAAUGCACUCAAGGGAAAUGGUGACAUGUCACCAAACCGACAGUAUAAGCCAACAAGUCUAGUAAAAAAUCGUAAUGCUGGAAACCAAAUGUCUAAUGGUCUUACCUAUAGACACGAUGGAAAAGAAAAGGAGCUUGCAGAUUUGCUGGAAGAGAAAAAUAAGUCCCUGGAGGCAGUUCAAGCUAGUCAUGAAUUACAAAUAAAGCAGUUAAAGAUGGAACUUGAAAAAGAACGAGAUAAAUUAGCGAAUCUACAGAUAAGAUUACAAGGCAUAGUUGUACACCUUGAAGACCCAAUUAUGAUACUUGCUAUAUCACCCAUUGUCAAACAAAGGAAAAAUAAUCUCUUUUUUUCCUUCUUUUUUCUUUAUUUUAAAUUUCCAGAGGAGCACAAGCUGAAUGAGUCUUUUCAGGAGGAGCUUAAGUUACUGAAGUCAGACAAGGAUAAAAGCUUCACAGAGUUGAGCAAAAUGCGCAAUGAAUUGAAUGAGAAAAUAAUAGAAAUAAGACGUUUGCAAAUGGAGUUGAAUAGACGGGAGAACGAAAGUGCAGAUGAUAAACAUGACAAUUUGAAAAGAGUGAUUGCCACCUUGGAGAAGGAAAACACUCAUCUAAAGAUGGAGAAGAAUGAACUCGAGGCGGCUCUGGAGAGUACCAGGAGAUCUUUAACCAGCAAGAUUGAUCCCAAUGCUUCAGAGACUCUGAAGUUAGAUUCAUCAGGAAAUUUUUCUGGAAAGAAAGAAAUGGAACUAUCACUGCAGAAAUUGGAAAAAGAUCUGAAAGAAACGUGCAGUGAAAGGGAUAAGGCUUUGCAAGAAUUGGCUCGUCUUAAGCAGCAUUUGCUAGAAAAGGAAUCUGAAGAAUCAGAAAAAAUGGAUGAAGAUAGCAAAAUUAUUGAGGAACUUCGGGACAGCAAUGAAUAUCAAAGAGCUCAAAUUGUACAUUUGGAGAAAGCCCUGAAGUUGGCAAUGGCAAAUCAGGAGGAAGUUAAGAUGAUAAACAACAAUGAAAUUCAGAAGUCUAAGGAAAUCAUUGAUGAUCUGAAUAAGAAACUUGCAAACUGUAUAAGAACAAUAGAUGCAAAAGAUGUUGAACUACUAAAUCUUCAAACCGCCCUUGGUCAGUACUAUGCUGAAAUUGAAGCUAAGGAACAUUUGGAGCGGGAUUUGGCUCUGGCAAGAGAAGAAUCAGCUAGACUUUCUGGUCUUCUCAGAGAUGCAGAUGAACAUGCAGAAUUAUCAAAGCGGGAAAAGGAAGAAAUACUGGUGAAGCUUUCACAAACUGAAAAGAUGCUAGCAGAAAGGAAAACCAGAAUAAACAAGCUUGAGGAAGAUAAUGGAAAACUAAGGCGUGCUCUUGAGCAGAGCAUGACUAGGCUUAACAGAAUGUCUAUGGACUCUGAUUAUCUUGUUGACAGGCGUAUUGUGAUCAAACUACUUGUGACCUACUUCCAGAGAAACCACAGCAAAGAGGUUUUGGAUCUUAUGGUUCGGAUGCUGGGGUUCUCGGAUGAAGACAAGCAGAGGAUAGGUGUUGCUCAACAUGGUGCUGGCAAAGGUGUUGUCCGGGGUGUUUUGGGUCUACCUGGUCGUUUGGUUGGUGGUAUCUGGGGUGGAAGUUCAGCUGACGUACAUGCAAAUAUGGCCUCUGAUAACCAGUCUAUUGCAGAUCUGUGGGUUGAUUUUCUGCUCAAGGAAACUGAAGAAAGAGAAAAGAGGGAAUUAGCGGAAGAUGCUAGUAGCUCCAGAGAAGACCUUCAUGGAAGAAGUCCAAAUGCUGCAGGACCUAGUUCAUCUGUGUCUGACCAAACAACUGCUGCUUCUGGUUUCUCUCCAAUCCAGAGCUCAAUCCCCCUACCUUCUCAAAGAAAUUUUCGGCAGUUUGAACAUUCUGAUUCAGAAUUCUCGACUGUUCCUCUCACGUCAUCAGAGAGUGGUGGUGGUCUAUCAAGACUACUACCAAAAUACUGAGUUUCUUGGAUGAUGUAAUCAUUCAAAGGUAUAGUUUCGUUGUUGAUAUUGUAACCAUGAUGAUAUUCACUUCGAUCAAUUAUUUCAUAAUUGAAAUGAGAAGAAAUCCCUCCAUUGUUCA